CAAGGUCCAAGACUCGAACUCCGAGUCGAAGUAUGGACGUGGCGAGUGACCCAGGUCCACAGGGCCUCGAACAGGUCGCCAAUGUUCGUAUCAUUAUGGUGGUUCUGUAGGAGGUGCUCAAUACCCACUGCAUGCGCUCUGGGCGUCCCAUGUGAGCUCUAGGGAUUACUGUCCUAAAGGUACCUAGGCCCUAGGGUUUCAGAUGUCAGGCGCAUUGGCGGCUUGUCGAGAAAUCAGUAAGAAAUGGCCUCCAAGUUGCGGUGCUAGCGUGUUCCUGGUCAUUCUGCUGCAUCCCGUCCUCAUCAGCCUGGCGAGAGGGAUCUUAGCCUGCUAGAAUUUGGUUCCAGAUCUCAACGUUGUCUGAGGAUUUAAAGCGCGGGAUUUGAAGCAUGGCCAUAGAUGCACCAUUCUGCUCCAGCCGGUUCAGAUAGGGCUGCCAAAGCUGUUCAAGUGGGGUCUCUGCUAGAAUGUUUGGGCUCACCUUUUAGCUUGUAGGACCUGAACACAAAGCGUCUUGCAUACAGGUGCAGAAGACAAUUGACCCUCAUGAUGGUAAAAUAGACUGACAAGGCAGUAUUUUGAGCUAGCUAUCAAGAGUCGUCUGAACAGCCGGCCAUGGCCCCUUUGGCGGGACCUGGUGGGGCAGGUGAUUUUGCAGUGCCCGGACCGCCAGGUGCACUGGUUGUAGGAAUGCGGAAAGCCAAUGACAACGAGGAGGCUAUUCUGGUCACUGUGCGAGUGCGUCCGCUUAGUUCGCAAGAGCUUGCAGAGAGGGACGUGGCAGUGUGGCGUUGCACCGACGAAAAGACAUUGACAUUCAUGGACCACGUUCCGGAGAGGUCACCUUACCCAUCUGCUUACGCCUUUGAUCGCGUUUUUGGGCCUGUGGCUUCAUCAGAACAGGUGUAUGCAGAGGCAGCACGCGACCUUGUGCAGUCAUCCUUGAGCGGUUUGAAUGCCACGGUUUUCGCAUACGGUCAGACAAGCAGUGGAAAGACCCACACAAUGCGGGCCGUGUCGCGGAGUGCCGUGCAAGAUAUUUUUGAGCACAUACAACGGACCCCACAGCGGGAGUAUCUGAUCCGCGUGUCUGCUCUGGAGAUUUACAACGAGGUGGUGCGUGACCUGCUGCGCCCUGACAGUGGCCCGCUGCGCUUGCUGGACGACCCUGAGCGCGGCACAGUUGUGGAACGCCUCGCCGAGGAGGUUGUUCGCUCAAGCGGCCACCUCUAUCAGAUUCUGGAAGACUGUGAAGCGCAGCGGCAGGUGGGCGAGACGAUGCUGAACGACAACAGCUCGCGGUCGCACCAGAUCAUUCGCCUGAGCGUGGAGAGCUGCCCCAGCAUGGAGGAGGGCAUGGUGGCAGGGGCGGGCGGCAGCCACGUCCUCAUGAGCGUGCUCAACUUUGUGGACCUGGCAGGCAGUGAGCGCGCCUCGCAGACGCUGGCAGAGGGGGCACGGCUCAAGGAGGGGGGCCACAUCAACCGCUCCCUACUCACCUUGGGCACAGUCAUCAGGAAACUAGGAGAGAGUAACAAGCUACGGCGCGGUCACAUCCCAUACCGGGACUCCAAGCUGACGCGGAUUCUGCAGCACUCUCUGGGGGGCAACGCGCGCACGGCCAUCAUCUGCACCAUGAGCCCCGCGCGCGCUCAUGUGGAGCAGACUCGCAACACGCUCUCCUUUGCCACGCGGGCCAAGGAGGUCACCAACAGCGCGCAUGUCAACCUGGUCGUCAGCGACAAGGUGCUCAUCAAACGGCUGCAGCGGGAGGUCGCCCGGUUGGAGGCAGAGCUGGCCGUGGCAGCCAACCCUCGGGAACUGCAGGCGCGCGACAUCCGGAUACAACAGAUUGAGAUGCAGCUGCACGAGCUGGUGCGGCAGCGGGAUGCCGCGCAGGCACAUGCACGCGAGCUGACCAAGGCCAUGAUCAAGGGCGACAGGGGCGACGAGACCUCGCAAAAGGCGACCAAGUCUUGGAGCCCGGAUACUGUAAAGAAGCUGCUGCGCCGAUCAGGGAAGAAGAAAAAGACUCGGCUUGGGGCACCCGACGACGUGAGCAUCGAGAGCGCGCCCCUGUUCGGCACCAGCGCGAGCCGCUUCCUGGAGUACAAGGAGAUGCGUGAGCGGCGGCGGGAGCGACAGCGCGAAAGGGAGAGGGAGCGGGAGGCGGAGGCGGCCGUGCUGGACGGGGAGAAGCGCAAGCUGGAGACGAUGCACGAGCGGCUGGGCCAGGGGGCGGACGUGGCAAUGCAGGCGCUGCACAAGGAGAUUGAGUGCCUACGGCUGGCGCAGGCCCAAGCCGUGGUGGGGGGCGCCAAGUCCGCCGACAUCGCAGGCAUGAUCGACAAGCUGCAGGCGGAGCUGGAGGGGCUGCAGGCGGCGCAGGCGGCGAGCGUGCCAGAGGAGGACGCUGGCGCAGAGGCGGCCCCGGAGGGGGAGGCCCCCCCUGGGAUGCGCAAGGCGGCAGUGAAUGCCAGCAUGGAGCGGAUGAUCCAGCUGCUGCGGGAUGAGCUGGCGCGCCUGCAGUCCGCCACCAAGGCGGACGAGAAGGCGGACCAGGAGAUCAGUGCACUCGAGGAGAAGCUUGAGAGUGCCCAGCUCUCACUGGACAAGUUCUAUGACAGCGCCACUCCGGGGGACGACCCGCUGCUCUCCAGCGGCCGCCGCGUAUUGGCGCCCCGCUCCCCUGGCGGGGCCAAUGCAGCAGGCCCGCCUGCCUCGCCGCGCCUGCACCGCCGCUCGCCGUCAGCAGGAGGAGCCCUCCCCGGGGGGCACCAGGAGAACGACGAGAACGCUCCGGGGGGGCAGGACAGCGGGCACUACAGCGCCCCAGAGGAUGGCGAGAAGACGCCGCGACGAGGGGGCGCGUCGAGCGUGGAUAUCCGGCGCAUGCAGAGCCUGUUCAAGACGGCGGCGGAGGAGAACGUGCGCAGCAUCAAGAACUACGUGACCGAGCUCAAGGAGCGGAUCGCCAAGCUGCACUACCAGAAGCAGCUGCUCGUCUGCCAGGUGUUGGAACUGGAGGGCGCGGCGCGGCGCAGUGGCGAGGAGAGCGAGGGCCCCGCAGGCCUGCGGCCGGAGGUGUGGGUGGCGCGCUGCGAGGAGCAGACGGCGGCCAUCGUGCAGCUGUGGGACAUGUGCAACGUCAGCCUGUUCCACCGCACCCAGUUCUACCUUCUCUUCAGCAGCGCGGCCGCCGCGGACCACGUGUACCUGGAGGUGGAGCAGCGGCGUCUCGAGUGGCUGCGCGAGCAGUGCCUGCUCACCCUCGAGGACGGCCACGACGAGCCCCGCGCCAUCCGCGGCUCCCUCAAGCGCCUGCGCCACGAGAGGGACGUCUUGGCCCGACGAAUGCGGGACCGGUUAAGCGACAUGGAGCGCGGGCUCUUGUUUGAACAGUGGGGGGUGCCGUUGACCUCCAAAGCCCGGAAGCAGCAGCUGGCUGCGCUGGUGUGGAACAACCCCUUCGAUGCCAAGCAUGUCCGCGACAGUGCCGACCUGGUGGCGCGCCUCAUGGACUUUGGAGACGCCUCCACGCUGGUGCCAAAGGAGAUGUUUGGGCUCAAGUUUGCGCAGCCAGGUCGGAAGAGAAACUGGCUCAUGCGCAUUGCAUCGACAGGUUGACUACAAUCUUCAGGAAUGCUUGAAUUGGAAAUAAUGCUUGCUAAUAGAGCAAUCAGUAGGGAGUUGCGACAGGAAUUCGAUCACUAAUAUGUACAUUAAUAUUGCUUUGACUUGCUUCUUUCAAGUCGUUGGCCAGCACGAUCCUUUAAGCACAUAUGGCAAGUUUGGGGUUUUUGCAAAUCUUCCAAUAUUGUCAUGCUGUCGGGGC